AAAAAACCUGCAAACACAUUCGAAAGGAGCAAAAAGCCACAAAGAUGAUGCCCACACUCAACGAACGGAAGAGGCCCGUUGUAGCGACCUCCCCCUCUUGCAUUGUGCUAAGCGAAGAUGCGAGGGACUAUGAACUAAAGCAAAGCUACUUCAAUGCUAUGCCUCAGUUUCAUGGUCAAUUGGGGGAGAAUCCAUUGAACUUUAUCACAGAGUUCUAUGGGUUCAUCCAAGGGAUUCCAAGGAACAAGCUAGCCGAAGAUGAUCUCAAGCUCAAAUGUUUCCCCUAUACUCUCAAAGGGGCAGCAAGAGGAUGGUUCCUAGAACAAGCUCCGGCAAGCUACACUACAUGGGAAGGUAUAUACAAUGCCUUCAUGUCUAAAUACUACACGCCCACCAUGACUCAAGAGCUUAGACAACGCAUUUUCAACUUCAAACAACAAAAUGGUGAGCUCUUUCAAGAUGCAUGGCGGCGUUUCAAAUCAUUGCUAAGGGAAUGCCCACAUCACCGCAUUCCCCUAGACCUUCAAAUUGACACAUUCUACAAUGGGUUGAACGCAUCUUGUCAAGCCAUUGUGGACAACCGAGCCGAGGGCUAUAUUGGGAACAAGAAUGAAACCGAAGCACUCCGAAUCAUUGAAUCCAUUGCUUCGAAUCCUCAACUCCAAGGAGGUGAUUACAAAGUGGUAGGGAUUAAUGAAAUCUCUAUCACGACGGAGAUAAACAAAAGGCUUGAAGAAAUGGAAUCAAAGAUUGAGCAAAAGUUCCAAACGGCUCUACAAGCCGUAUUGGGAGGAGUCAAACAAAUAGCCAACGUGGAGAGCAUACCGAACCCGGAAGGUGAUUUAUCUCAACAACUUGAAGAGGUAAAUUAUAUGAACUCCUAUGGGAAUCGGGGGAACAAUAACUAUUCAAAUCAACAAAGGUGGAAGCCACAAACUAGUUCCUCACAACCCCAAUCCGGAACACCUAAUUUUGGGCAACCCAAGGAGACUACCAUGGAGGAUAUGAUGCAAUUCAUGUCCAAAAGCAUGGCAAGUAUGAAGGCCCAAAAUGAGGAAAAUCAUCAUAGAGUGGAGGCAUCCAUUGGGAAUCUCCACUCUCAAUUCACCAAGUUGGAUCUUCAAUUUGAAGAUCAAAAUAUGAAGCUCAACCAACGCAUCGACACCAUUGAGCAAUACAACAAGGCAUCCAUUCGGAAUCUUGAAGUACAAAUGGGACAACUUGCUCAAAAAGUAAGUUCUAGGGAGCAAGGCAAAUUUCCUACAACCACGGAGAUGAACCCAAGGGAGAACGUGAUGGCCAUUACCACAAGGAGUGGUAAGACGACGGAGGACCCGAAGAUGCCGGAAGAGGAGGAGACCCCGAAAAAGCAAAACGAAGAUGGAGAUGAGGAACAUAUGAUGCCACCGUCCAAUAUGGCUAACUAUGUUCCUCCCAUUCCAUAUCCUCAAAGAUUGAAGAAAAAGAAUGAUGGUGCUCAAUAUAGAAAAUUCCUUGAUAUUUUUACUAAAUUGAGCAUCAACAUUCCAUUUGCCGAAGCAAUAGCGGAGAUUCCAUCUUAUGCCAAAUUCUUGAAGGGCAUACUCUCAAAUAAAAAGAAAUUAGCAGAAUUUGCUACCAUUUCCCUUACGGAGGAGUGUAGUGCCAUCCUACAAAACAAACUCCCUCCUAAAUUGAAGGACCCUGGAAGCUUCACGGUGCCAUGUUCUAUUGGCAAGAUUGGAGAGGUAAGAUCCCUUUGUGAUCUUGGUGCUAGUAUCAACCUCAUGCCCCAUUCUUUAUUUAAAAAGCUUGGUGUGGGGGGACUUCAAUCAACCACCAUAGCCUUACAACUUGCGGAUAGGUCAAUUCGCUACCCUAUUGGAGUUAUGGAGGAUGUGCUUGUUAAAGUUGGAAAAUUCUACUUUCCUGUGGAUUUUCUUAUUUUGGAGAUGGAGGAAAUGGAGAUCCCUAUCAUUCUUGGAAGGGCAUUUUUAGCCACUGCAGCUGCCCUUAUUGAUGUCAAGAACGGAAUUGUCAAAUUCCGUGUUGGAGAUGAAGAGCAAGAGUUCCAUGUUUGGGAUUCUUUGAAGAAGCACCAUGAUGAUCCCUCUUGUUUUAACAUUGACAUUCUUGACACUUUGGCUAGAGAGUGUUUUGGGAAAAUCAUUCAUGAAGACCCCUUGGAGACUUGCAUCAUGCUAGGAUGCAAUGAAAAAGAAGAAAGUCAUGAACUUCUUGAGGAAGUUAUGUACUUACAAGCCGGAGCUCCUUUCAAACAAUUCCGACAAAAGUUUGAAGAUCUUGGAACAAGUAAGUCCACAUUAAAACCAUCUCUUGAGGUCCCACCAAAACCAUCUUUGAAAACUUUACCGGAGCACCUCAAAUAUGCAUUUCUUGGAGACAACUCAACUUUCCCGGUAGUAAUUUCUUCUUCACUCACAUCUCUUCAAGAAGAAAAAUUACUACGGGUAUUGAAGGAUCACAAAACAUCUAUUGCAUGGUCCUUGGCGGAUAUUAAGGGUAUUAGCCCUUCUCUUUGUAUGCACCGGAUUUUUAUGGAGGAGAAUCACAAACCCACGGUGGAGCAUCAAAGGAGGCUAAACCCCAACAUGAAAGAGGUAGUUAAGGAGGAAGUUCUCAAACUCCUUGACUAUGGCAUAAUUUACCCCAUUUCGGAUAGUAAAUUUGUAAGCCCCGUUCAAGUCGUUCCAAAAAAGGGUGGAAUCACGGUGGUAGCCAAUAGUAAGAAUGAAUUAAUUCCUACUAGAAUGGUCACCGGUUGGAGGAUGUGCAUAGACUACCGGAAAUUGAACUCCGGCACAAGGAAGGACCACUUUCCCCUUCCAUUCAUGGAUGAGAUGCUAGAGCGUGUUGCGGGAAAUGAGUUCUUUUGUUUCUUGGAUGGGUUCUCCGGCUAUUUUCAAAUAGCUAUCUCACCCGAGGACCAAGAAAAGACAACAUUCACAUGUCCUUUUGGCACAUUUGCCUAUAGAAGGAUGCCAUUCGGGUUAUGCAAUGCCCCCGGGACAUUCCAAAGAUGUGUGAUGGCAAUUUUUGCGGACAUGGUGGGAGACCUCAUGGAGGUAUUUAUGGAUGACUUUUCUGUUUUUGGGAAUUCUUUUGACUCGUGCUUACUUUCCCUUGAGAAAGUGCUGACUCGGUGUGAGGAAACCGACUUGGCUCUCAAUUGGGAGAAAUGCCAUUUCAUGGUAACCGAGGGGAUUGUCUUGGGGCACAAAAUUUCUCCCAAAGGCAUUGAAGUCGACCAAGCAAAAAUUGAAGUCAUAAAGAAGCUACCCCCUCCACAUUCGGUGAAAGCUAUCCGAAGCUUUCUAGGGCAUGCCGGUUUCUAUCGGCGAUUCAUUAAAGAUUUCUCAAAAAUCGCUAAACCUCUAUGCGAUUUAUUAGCCAAGGAUGCCCCUUUUGAAAUCACUCCAACUCGGCUCAAAGCUUUCAACACUUUAAAGGAAGCGCUUACCUCGGCCCCUAUCAUUACAUCACCGGAUUGGUCUCUUCCAUUCGAAUUGAUGUGUGAUGCUAGUGAUCAUGCUAUCGGUGUGGUACUUGGGCAAAGAAAAGAAAAGAAACUUCAUGCCAUAUACUAUGCAUCGAGGUUACUUCAUGAUGCGGAGCUCAAUUAUGCCACCACCGAGAAGGAAUUUCUAGCCGUCAUUUAUGCUUUUGACAAAUUCCGAUCUUACCUCAUUGGCCAAAAAGUGAUUGUUUAUACCGAUCACUCCACCAUCAAAUACCUCAUGAACAAGAAGGAUGCCAAACCAAGGUUAAUUCGUUGGGUUUUAUUACUCCAAGAAUUUGACCUUGAAAUCCGAGACAAGAAGGGGAGUGAAAACCUUGUGGCGGAUCAUCUUUCACGACUCGAAGGCACCCCCAACCCCAAGGAAGAGGAGAUAAGAGAUGAUUUCCCAUAUGAGCAAAUCAUGGCAAUCAAAGAGGUACAACUACCAUGGUUCACUGAUUUUGUUAAUUUUCUUGCAAAAGAAAUUAUACCUCCAUCACUCACUUUCCAUCAAAGAAAAAAAUUCCUAAGUGAUGUAAAGCAUUACUAUUGGGAUGAACCAUAUCUCUUCAAACAUUGUGCCGACGGAAUUGUUAGAAGAUGCGUACCCGAUGAGGAAAUCAUGUCCGUCUUAAACCAUUGUCACAACCUUCCUUGUGGUGGUCACCAUGGUCCGGAUCGGACGGCAGCGAAAGUCCUCCAAUGUGGUCUUUUCUGGCCAACAUUAUUCAAAGAUGCAAGGAGUUAUGUGAAAGCGUGUGACCGAUGUCAAAGAACCGGAAAUCUUAGCCGGAGGAAUGAAAUGCCUCAAAAUAUGAUCCUUGUGGUUGAACUCUUUGAUGUGUGGGGAUUGGAUUUCAUGGGACCUUUCCCUAACUCAUAUGGGAAGAGCUAUAUCCUUGUAGCCGUGGACUACGUCUCCAAGUGGGUGGAGGCAAUAGCUCUACCCGACAACACUAGCAAAAGUGUGGGGGAGUUCGUGAAGAAAAACAUUUUCUCACGGUUUGGUGUGCCCCGUACCAUCAUAAGUGACAAUGGCACACAUUUCAAGAAUGCCCAUUUUUCUGGCUUGCUAAAGAAAUAUGGGUGCAAUUUCCGAACCGGAGCAGCCUAUCAUCCACAAACUAAUGGGCAAGUUGAAGUGUCCAACCGAGAGAUUAAAUCAAUUCUAGAAAAAACAGUCGCCACCUCUAGAAAAGAUUGGGCGAUAAAGUUAGAUGAUGCGCUAUGGGCAUAUCGGACGGCUUACAAAACACCGUUGGGUAUGUCACCAUACCGGCUUGUCUAUGGAAAAUCAUGUCACAUUCCCGUAGAACUUGAGCACAAAGCACAGUGGGCACUCUCCAAGCUAAACAUUGAUUCUCCACUCUCAAAGACAAGGAGGAUGUUCCAAAUGGCAGAACUUGAAGAACUCCGAAGGGAUGCAUAUGAGAAUUCCCGCAUCUACAAGGAAAGAGCAAAAGCUUGGCAUGAUAAAAACAUCAACCGGAGGGACUUCUACGUCGGCCAAAAGGUACUACUCUUCAACUCUAGACUUCGCCUUUUUCCCGGAAAGCUAAAAUCCCGAUGGUCGGGACCGUUCACAAUCACCGAGGUCCGACCAUACGGGUCAAUGAUGAUUCAAAAAGGUGACCAAACACCAUUUCUUGUAAAUGGUCACCGACUCAAGCCAUACAUGGAGUAUCAUAUCACCUCGGCAACCACCGCUUGCCCAUUGGAGGAGUAAAAAGGUAC